AUGAGGACAGUCACCAACUACUAUAUCGCUAACCUAAGCUUCUCCGAUCUAUUGAUGACAUUGAUUAACAUACCGUUCAAUACGGCCCGACUGUUGCUGAAUGACUGGCCAUUUGGACAGUUACUCUGCAAGUGUGUGCCAUUUAUUCAGGCUUGUUCUGUCUAUGUGUCGACACUGACGAUGUGUGUAAUUGGUUUGGACAGACAUCAGGCAAUACUCUAUCCGUUUGGCAAACGUCUGAGCGAUGUAUUGCCCAUAAAAGCGAUUAUAGCGCUCAUGUGGUUUGUGGCCUCACUGUUAUCCCUUCCGCACGCCUACUUCAAUCAGGUCGAGCCGAUUGAAGUACCGAUGUUGGCCUACACUCUGCCAUUGGUCCGGUGCCGUAUGCGACUACCGAAGCCGGAGCUACGGUCGCGACAAAUAUUAACAGUAUUGACGUUUAGCUCCCAAUAUCUGAUACCACUGUCCAUAGCGACCAUCUCUUACUGUAAGAUUGCUCUCCAUAUCCAUCGGCGACAGAUUGUUGGAAAUAUAACUCAACAACAAAUUGCUUACAAUUUGAGGUAA